CGACCGGCGCUGGCCGGCCUGCAGAGUCUAGCUCGGGCACCGGAGGCCGCUGAGGAGACACAGACGAGAAGCAGACGAGACGCCGCCGCCAGACAUGACGCCCUCGACGAGAGUCGCGCUGCUGCUGCUCGGGAUCGUGCUGGUCGCAGAGUGGGCCGCCAGCGCCCCUGCACCAGAACCGACGUUCCACCGCAAGAAGUUCGGCGGCUACGGAGGGUACGGGGGCUACGGCGGCCACGGCGGCUACGGCGGCCACGGAGGCGGCGGCGGCGGCAGCUUCGCGGGUAGCUCCGCGUCCGCAGGCAGCGUGGCGGGCGGGCACGGCCCCCACGGGGGCGGCGGCCAGUCCAGCAGCCACGCCUCCAGCGCCUCCGCCAGCUUCGGCGUCGGACCCUUCACCGCCUCCUUCUCCCAGAGCCAGGCCUUCAGCAACAGCCGAGGCGGCGGCGGCGGCUUCGGCUUCUUCGACUAGCAGGGUUCCUGACGAUUAACGAUACUCGCAUCCUCAUAAUGAUAAAAAACAGGAAUAAAAACGUGAGCCAGUUUCAUACUUCCCAUUAUCACUGUAUAUUACCUUGUAAAUAAACAUUUUUACAAAACAA